GAGACGUAAGGCCUACGCAGACCGGGACGGAAUGGCAAGGGAUUUUAAUUUUUACUAAUGGACAUUCAACCGUACUGUUACAGAAAUACGACAUAAAUUGCUAUGCUUUAAAAUGAUGCCGUGGCAUUGAAAGGGAUUUAAUCGAAAAGACACGCCACAGGCUCCCGUGGCGGGAUGCCGCGGCAUACUGCGGUAGGCAACGGCAUGACACGGACUCCGGCGCUCGUCACAGGCUCCCGUGGCGGGAUGCCGCGGCAUACUGCGGUAGGCAACGGCAUGACACGGACUCCAGCGCUCGUAGUAAUAUACUGCGGGGUGCGGCGGUGGGGGUAGAGAAGCGGGGAAUGCACACCAUUGACCAUCCAUUUGCGCCCGCGUCUUUGACGACUGUGUACCUACGUGUUUUUUUCGGAGACCAGUUUUUUACGUUUUUUAUUCCAACAUGGAGGAAAAAUUAAUAACAUUAGUUCAAGCCUAUGAUUAUUUAUAUAAUAUGUCAUCAAAACAUUAUAUGAACACUCAAAUGAAGAACAAUGCGUGGAGAAUAAUUGGGACAGAAAUGAAUAAAACAGGUGAAGAAUGUCAGAAAAUAUGGAGUAAUAUACGUAAUAAUUUUAGGAAAGCUCUGAAUAACAGAAAAACAAAGAGUGGUGACCCGUACACAAAGCGACGCCCUAUCAAGUUUGAAAAAGAGCUGGAGUUUUUGAAAAAAUUCAUUCAGCACAGAAAACAAACCUCGAAUUUGGACUCCUCUUCAGAGGAUACGCAGACUUCUUUUGCAGAAUCCGCUGUCGUUGAUAGCGAUGAACGUUCAGUUUCGCGAAUGACCAAUGAUUCACACCAUUCCUCAAUAAUACCAGAACCUACAACAACUGCUGAAAUACUAAAUAAAUAUAUUGAAUCGAAAAAGGAGGUGGACGCCAUUGAUUCGUUCUUUCAAACAAUGGCUGCCACAGUAAAAAAGCUACCAAAAAGAGAGCAGGUCCGAAUAAAGAGACAAAUAUUUAAUAUGGUAACUGACGCCGAAUUAAACUACAUAGAGGGAACUCCAGCUCCAACAUCUGAAGAUGUCUCUACCAAUUUGCAACAUCAACGACCAUGCCGUACCGCUUUUACUUCAAGAUCUGGCUGUGGAACCGCGGCAGGCUUGGGCUAUGAAGCUGUAUCAGGAUCUGGCUAUGAAACCACCUCAAGAUCUGGCUAUGAAACCACCUCAAGAUCUGGCUAUGAAGCAGCUUCGGGGUCUGACUUUGGAACCGCCUCAGGCUCCGGUUAUGAAGCAGCUUCGGGGUCUGGCUUUGGAACUGCCUCAGGCUCUGGUUAUGAAGCAGCUUCGGGGUCUGGCUUUGGAACUGCCUCAGGCUCUGGUUAUGAAGCAGCUUCGGGGUCUGGCUUUGGAACCGCCUCAGGUUCUGGCUAUGAACCUGCUUCACGGUCUGGUUAUGAAACCGCCUCGGGCCCUGGCUAUGAAGCUGCUUCAGGGUCUGGCUACAAAACUGCAGUUUCUGAAUACGAAACUAAUCUAAAGUAGUAGGUACUCUAAAUUAAGUAAAAAGAAAUAAAGAUCCAGGAAUUAUCAGUGAGAAGAUUUAUCAGUGCAAAAACAUAAAAAUCGUUAUUAUGUGUCUACAAUUCAUGAUUGUAUUUGGCAAAAAAAAUUGUUUUUUUAAUUAAAUAAAAGAAGAAAAUAUUAAACUUAUACAAUCAUUUAACUGCCCACCUCAAAC